AUGGCCGAUGCUAGCCAAGCUGCCAGCAACCAAGACAAGUGGUCCAAUAUGACCUUGGUGGAGCGGCACCCUCUGUCCUCCUGGUACCAGAGAUCUCAUUGGCUUGGCAACAACAAACCAGGCGCUACACAUUCUCCACACAGACGCCUCACACCACAGUCCUUCUCCAGACCUGUCUAUUCUUUUCAAGUGAGAGAGGACACACAACCAGGUAGAGCAGUGUUUACCUCUUUCCUUCUCUCAGAUAUUUAAAUGCAGAUAAUUUAAAGGUUGUUCAUACAUGUUUGUGUUUGUUCUUUAAUCCAGAGUCACACGCCUCAGUUACGAAGUCUUCAGGCUGACUCUUACUGACUGCUCGGCUUAGGAAGUUAUUGACAAAUGUUAAUGCUCAGUAUUUCUUUUAAUGUUUUAAACCUCAAGGCUUUAAUUGAAAUUCCACCAACUCCCCCGCCUAUUUCAGUUAGAGGAUUAAAUACCUCCUGGUGUGCUCCACCUCCCUCAUGUUGGAGAAUGGUGAUGAUGACACAUUGCCAAUUAUGAGUGCGUGGCCCAUGUGGGGAAUGAACGCACAACACUGGUGUUGCCAGCACCAUACUUUAACCCCACUGAGCCAUUGGAACCAGCAUUGGUAAUAGUAAGUUACCAAACCAUCAGACCCAUCAGAGAAUUUCAUCCUGAGUGUACUGUCUUAUUCCAUGUAUUGACAGGAACGAUAGUGGGGAACGUGGAAGCAGGAGAGCACAGCAAAGGGUUGACGAACACCAUCUUCUCUGUGUUGGAGGACGAUGGGGAGGGUCUGUUCCUGCUCAGCCCUCUCUCUGGUGACUUUCUGCUGUCACGCUCCCUGGACUACGAAACCCAGAGACUCUACAUCCUGACAGUGGUAGUGAAGCAUGGGGACAUAGGGGCCAGCAGAGUCAGGGUCUAUUUUAACGUGCUGGAUGUCAACGAUAACCUUCCAGUGUUCAGACUGGACUCUUACUCCGUCUCUGUACCAGAGGACAGCCUUGUGGGAACCUGCUUCCUCUCUCUCAAUGUCUCCGAUGCGGACGACGGUGAGUGUGGAACAACAUGUUUAACAUACCCCCUGACACAGACAGGUGCUGUGUAGACCAGGGUCGUGUUCAUUAGGUAUCAAACGGACAAGGCACUACCAGUUUCAAUCCUAUUUACUAGUCAGCCCCGUCACAUGAUCAAAGCCACAUCAACGCUUGUCUGCUGAAAACAGGCGCUACUGUAUAAAUGAAAUCAAUCACUAUUAUUAUUAUUAACCUGGACAUUUGAUCACGGAUCUAUGAUCAUUUCAACAGUAGUUGAGCUCAUUGCAAAUGACUAAUAAAACAACUAUCUCUUGAGUGAGAGAGAAAAAAAACAACACAAAAUGUUUAAAAAAUACAUUAUUAUACUGUAUACACCGAAUGUUGGUUAGAUACAGGUACUAGAUACAGGUACUAGAUACAGGUAAUACUGAACAGAACGUAAAAAGCAACAUGUCUGUCAAUUCUAAAUACCCCUGUUAUGAUACAAUAAGCCUACAGGUAGUGCAUCGGUAUAUGGGUGUGUUCUAUCGGUAUAUGGGUGUGUUCUAUUGCUGCAGGCCUGGGUCCUGGGGCCAGUUCAGGUAGGUCCUGGUCUUGACCAGUCUGGUCAGCCGGUGGUAGGCAUACAGCUGGCAAAGUGGGAUGUCCUCCAGGAAGACUGUCUGCUGUGGGUGGCCAGUCGCAGCUCCAGGGAACACCAGUUACUGCGCAGGUAGUGACGACUCACCACACACAGGGUGUGGCGGGUGCCGCAGACAGACGCAGGAAGGGAGGCCCCCUCUGCGCCAGGCCCGGCAGCAGCUGCUCCAUCACCCAGCGCUUGUCUCUCCCAACGCAACGCCAUCGUAGCGGUAGCACCCCCUAGGGUCGCCACUCCAGCUAGCCACGGAGGAUGUGGCAGAAGGCCAGCUGACGGAACAGCACCGCCAGCAUGAAGAGGAGCAGGCCCAGGGAGAAGCAGAGGAACAGGACAAAGCCCACGUCCAGGGAACAGUUGGUCUCCAAGUACCUGGGGAAGCCAUUUUAUUGUUUACAUGUCAUCUCCGGUUCCCCGUCAUUCCAUAAAAUGACCUGGACAUGUCUCUGUCCCGUGACCCAGUUGUCCAGCCAGGCUUUGUCACAGCUGCAGUGCAGGUGAGACCCGUAUACCAACAGGUACACUACAUGAUCAAAAGUAUGUGGACUCCUGCUUGUCGAACAUCUCAUUCCAAAAUCAUGGCCAUUAAUAUGGAGUUGGUCCCCCCUUUGCUGCUAUAAUGGCCUCCACUCUUCUUGGAAGGCUUUCCACUAGAUGUUGGAACAUUGCUGCGGGGACUUGCUUCCAUUCAGCCACAAGAGCAUUAGUGAGGUCGGGCACUGAUGUUGGGCGAUUAGGCCUGGCUCACAGUCGGUGUUCCAAUUCAUCCCAAAGGUGUUCGAUGGGGUUGAGGUCAGGGCUCUAUGCAGGCAUGUCAAGUUCUUCCACACCGAUGUCGACAAACCGAUCUCGACAAACCAUAGCUGUGCAGCGACGCUCCCCAUCCAACCUGACAGAGCUUGAGAGGAUCUGCAGAGAAGAAUGGGAGAAACUCCCCAAAUACAGGUGUGCCAAGCUUGUUGCGUCAUACCCAAGAAGACUCGAGGCUGUAAUCACUGCCAAAGGUGCUUCAACAAAGUACUGAGUAAAGGGUCUGAAUACUUAUGUAAAUGUGAUAUUUCAGUUUAUUUUUUAAUACAUUUACAAACAUUUCAAAAAACAGUUUUUGCUUUGUCAUUAUGGAGUAAUGUGUGUAGAUUGAUGAGGAAAAAAAUCGAUUUAAUACAUUUUAGAAUAAGGCUGUAACGUAACAAAAUGUGGAAAAAGUCAAGGGGUCUGAAUACUUUCCGAAUGCACUGUAUGUAGUCUGACUAUGAUUGUCUGGCACAUUUGUAUUCAAACUACGAUAGUUAUCCAUCUGUCCAUUUUAUUGGUAGACUACAUGAUAUCAUAGAUUAUGUAUCUUUCAGAGACCCUAUCCUUUGUAUUGAAUAAUCCUCCUUGAUGUUGUCCGUCAGGUAUGAACGGAGAGGUGAACAUAGAAGUAACAACUGGAGAUGGCGACACUACAUUCUCGAUCAACCCAGACGGAGCUCUCUGCCUAAACAUAGUGUUAGACAGAGAGAGCAGCUCAGACUACCAUCUGACAGUCCAGGCUACCGAUCGUGCUCUGUCCAUUUCUAGACGCCUCACUGCCACAGCCCGUGUUGUCGUCAAUGUAGACGAUAUAAACGACAACGUGCCGUCUUUUACGUCAGCCCGUAGUGUCACCAUCCCAGAAGACACUGCUCUCCAGACUGUUGUCAUGGUGAUACAGGCAGUGGAUGUGGACUCAGGAUCCAACGGGGACGUCGUCUACACUCUGGAGGACACGUCAGUCAAUGUGUUCAGUAUCAACCGUACUAGUGGUAGUCUGUAUCUGCAGCAGCCUCUGGACAGAGAGCAGGUAAAUUGACUGUACUUUAACUUUUUACCCUUUCUAACACAGAUUUUGAUGAUAGUGGCAUGGUUUUACUUUCAAUUAUCAUUAUGUGGUAGUGUUACCUACUUAAGUUUUAGUUUUUUUCUCUUAUUUUUAUAUUUAUUGGGAUAGGGGAUGUGAUACAUCUGAGAUAGAUAGAGGACAUACAAGUGGCAGACCCGGGGAUCAAACCCCCACUGCCAUGCAUAGUACACUACCACUAGUCCAGACCCCGGUACCUGUUCUAGUUGAAUGCACUUGGUAUAAGAAUAUCUGCUAAUAAACUUAACUUACUUUGAAAUUAAAGGGGAUAUUAUAAUUUUGAUGGUUCCUCACCCUGAAAAUAGUUUAUGGGUCAGGAGAAACUCUAAUCCAUGGUUCGGUUUUCUUUAAAAGGCCAUUACAAACUUCAGCUAACUUUAGCGAUCACUAGCUAAAAAUCAAUGGAAGUGAUAGGGGAAGGCACUGAAAUCUACUAAAAUCAACUCAAUUACUUGGUUUGAUGUUACUUAAAGGUGAUUUCGUCUCCUGUGUGCCCCAUGCCCCUAUCACUCCCACAUAUUUUUAGCUAGCUAAAGUUAGCUGAAGUUUAAACUGGCUGUUUAAAGAAAACCAGCUCUCAGGGUGAGGAACCAUCUCACAUUAAAUAAGUAAAAUACUCAACUUCCUCUUUAACUUAAUGAUCUGCUAAAUGACUGAAAUGUAAAUGUCAUGUAAAUUCAGUUGGAUACGCUGACUGUCACUGUGACAGCCACAGACAGAGGCACUCCUCCGCUGGCCUCCUCUGUGGCCCUCACAGUGCAUGUAGAGGACGUCAACGAUCACAACCCAGAGUUCACACACAACUACUACAGCCUGGCAGUCAGAGAGGACACCCCCAGAGGAACCAGCCUGUUGCAGCUCCGUGCUCUGGAUGGGGACAUUGGCUUUAACGGACAGGUGUGGUACUAUGAGCUGUCCCAGGGUCAGAAUAAAAACAAUUGGUCUAAUGGACAGGUGCAGUAAUAAGAUGUCCCGGGGUCAGACAAGAGACAUUAGGAUGACAUUUAAUGUACACUAUAUAUCCAAAAGUAUGUGGACACCCCUUCAAAAUAGUGGAUUAGGCUAUUUCAGCCACACCCGUUGCUGACAGGUGUAUAAAAUCGAGCACGCAGCCAUGCAAUCUCCAUAGACAAACAUUGGCAGUAGAAUGGCCUCACUGAGGCCUCCCGAGUGGCGCAGCGGUCUAAGGCACUGCAUCGCAGUGUUGCGGGGUCACUACAGCCUGGGGUUCGAUCCAGGAGUCCCAUAGGGUGGCGCACAAUUGGCCUAGCGUCGUCCGGGUUAGGGGAGGGUUUGGCCGUGGGGGCUUUAUUUGGCUCAUCGCGCUCUAGCGACUCUUUGUGGCGGGUCAGGCACCUGCAGGCUGACUUCGGUCGUCAGUUGAACAGCGUUUCCUCCGACACAUUGGUGCAGCUGGCUUCCAGGUUAAGUGAGCGGGUGUUAAGAAGCGCGGCUUGUCGGGUCAUGUUUCAGAGGAUACAUGACUCGACCUUCGCCUCUCCCGAGCCCAUUGAGGAGUUGCAGCGAUGAGACAAGAUCGUAAUCACAAAAUUUGGGAGAAAAAAUUAAAAAAUUAAGAAAUGGCCUCACUGAUGAGCUCCGUGACUAUCGACGUUGCACUGUCAUAGGAUGCCAUGUUUUUCAACAAGUCAGUUUGUCAAAUUUCUGCCCUGCUAGAGCUGCCCCGGUGAACUGUAAGUGCUGCUAUUGGCAAGUGAAAACAUCUAGGAGCAACAACAUCUCAGCCGCGAAGUGGUAGGCCACACAAGCUCACAGAACGGGACCACCGAGUGCUGAAAAUCGUCUGUUCCAAACUGCCUCUGGAAGCAACGUCAGCACAAGAACUGUUGGUCGGGAGCUUCAUGAAAUGGGUUUCCAUGGCCGAGCAGCCGCACACAAGCCUAAGAUCACCAUGCGCAAUGCCAAGCGUCGGCUGGAGUGGUGUAAAGCUCGCCGCCAUUAGACCCUGGAGUAGUGGAAAUGCAUUCUCUGGAGUGAUGAAUCACGCUUCACCAUCUGGCAGUCCGACGGACAAAUCUGGGUUUGGCGGAUUGUUUUUCAUGGUUCGGGCUUGACCCCUUAGUUCCAGUGAAGGGAAAUCUUAACGCUACAGCAUACAAUGACAUUCUAGACUAUUCUGUGCUUCCAACUUUGUGUCAACAGUUUGGGGAAGGCCCUUUCCUGUUUCAGCAUGACAAUGCCCCUGUGCACAAAGUGAGGUCCAUACAGAAAUGGUUUGUCGAGAUCGGUGUGGAAGAACUUGACUGGCCUGCACAGAGCCCUGACCUCAACCACAUCGAACACCUUUGGGAUGAAUUGGAACGCCGACUGCGAGCCAGGCCUAAUCGCCCAACAUCAGUGCCCAACCUCAAUAAUGCUCUUGUGGCUGAAUGGAAGCAAGUCUCCACAGCAAUGUUCCAGCAUCUAGUGAAAAGCCUUCCCAGAAGAGUGGAGGCUGUUAUAGCAGAAAAGGGGGGACCAACUCCAUAUUAAUGCCCAUGAUUUUGGAGUGAGAUGUUCGACGAGAGCAGGUGUCCACAUACUUCUGGUCAUGUAUUGUAUUUGUUUUUGUUUUUAAUGUUCUGAAAUGUCUGUCUGGGAAGACACAUUUUAUGUUUUUGUAAACAUAAGAACUCUGAACUCUAAAUGGACAGGUGCGCUACCAGCUGUCUCAGGGGAGUCAGUUCCUGGUGGACUCAGUCCGAGGUGUCGUCUCCCUGAUAGACAGGCUGGACAGAGAGAGAGCCUCCUUUCACCUGCUGGCCGUCACAGCCAUGGACCAGGGCAGCAUGCCCAGGUCAGCCACUGCUGUGGUCAACAUCACUGUCCUGGAUGUCAAUGACUGCAGCCCGCUGUUCUCUCCAGACACACUGACGCUUCAUGUGUUGGAGAACGGCGGAGACCCGUCUCAGCUCUCCCACCAGGUAACUGCUGUGGUAGGGUUAUUGGUUUAUUAUUAAACCCUUAUUUAGUUAGGUAAGUCAUUACGAACAAGUGAUCCUUUAUAAUAACGACCUGGUUAGGACCUGGAUUAAUAUGACUGAAGUACCCUCCAUCUUCAUAUGACAAACAGAUGAUGUUGCGGUUGAUGUAAUCUCAGAACCCAGAAUCAAAUCUUUCAUGCAUUGGCCAGCUCCUUGAUAUGUCUGUCACAAUAACAUAAUUUUAAUGCGGCCAUAAUGCAUUGUAAGAUUUGUCAUUUAGUGUAAUCUCACAUAAUGAUGAUUGAGUUAUUAUUAGCUAUUUUGAGUCUGUUAAACAAUUGCCACAUGACAUACAGUAUGACAUAACAUACAGUAGUAUCAUGAGUUGAUUACAAUACAAGUAAUACAUUAGGAAUACAUUAUACCUGUUGUCUUUCAGUAAAAUCUUACACCCCCCCCCCCCCCCAAUUGUGACCAGGUAUCAGCUAGGGAUGAGGAUCUAGGGGUGAACAGCCAGCUGAGGUACUUCAUAGGUAGAGGAGACGGGGAGGGUCUCUUCUCUCUGUCUCCAAACGGCACCUUUCACAUGCUACAGAGCCUGGACAGGGAGGUGACAUCACUCUACACGUUAGACAUCAUGGCUGUCGACUCAGGUAAUCAGGAUCUCUGCUUCCGUAUGACAAAAACACGUUGUUUUUCCUUUAAGAAAUAUCAGAAAAAAGUUUUUUUCUGCUUUACAAGUAUAAUGUAUUCACAUGAGAGCUGUCCCUAAUUUGUAUACUUAUCACAUCGUGAAUCCCGAAUGCAGUGAUUUGUGUGUGAUGUACGAUUUAGCUAAGCUCUCUCUGAGCAGUAAUGAAUCUGGUAUAAGAUGUUAUUUUAUGUUUGUCGAGACAUCACAAAUGAAAAGCUUAUAAUAAAGGCUUCAUAAAAGCUCAUACAUGCUUAUAGCAAGUAAUAAAGAAUAAUACCUGCAGGCUUUAAGUCACUUUUUGUUGAUGUUGAUAUUGUUGUGUUGUUUUGUCUCUCCAGGCCUGCUGCCUCUGACAGGGACUGUGACAGUCCAUGUUGUAGUGGACGAUAUGAAUGACAACUGGCCAGUGUUUAGUGAGGAGGUCUACACCACCAUCGUCUCGGAGGAUAGCCCUGCAGGCACAGUGUUUGCCAUGGUCACUGCCUAUGACGCGGAUGAUGGUGUCAAUGGACAAAUAAGGUACAGUUCUGUGGGUCCCCAUCACUGGAGUUGAGAAUUAAUAUAUGGUCAGAUCUUUUGCUGUAAUAUUAUUUUUGAUUCUGUGCUGUAAUUUGAUGGUUAACUGUAUUCCAGGUAUUCCAUCGAGAGUGUUGAUGGACCCUUCUCUAUUGAGGACACGUCUGGGGAGCUUUUGACCACUGGCGUGCUGGACAGGGAGGCGGUGGCAAUCUACAGACUGACUGUGGUGGCCAGGGACACACACCCCACACAGCCUCUGUCCAGCUCUGUACAGGUGUCUGUCCUGGUUGCGGACGUCAACGACCACUGGCCUCAGUUCCUCCACAGCCCCUAUGUGGCUAACAUGCCUGCUGGAACAGCUCCAGGUGAGGGGUUUUAGUAACAGCAGCCAUUUUAGAUAUCAUAGAUAAACAAGAAGAACUAAGUAAUACAUAUUAUUACAAAUGCCCUUUACUGCCAUGUUCGUCGAGGAGUUUUUGACAAUUUAAUAAUCGUUAUUAAUGCGAUUAUGAUAGGUGUACAAUGUGUUUAUGAUUUGUUUUAAUGCUGUUUGUGCCCGUGUUCUGCAGGGUCUGUUGUGUGUGUGGUGAGAGCAGUGGAUGGUGACUCAGGGAUGAAUGCACAGCUCCACUUCUUCUUAUACGGGCAGAACACUGGCCAGUUCUUAAUCAGCCCACACAGGGGAACCAUUUUCACCUCUGGUGCCCUCACAGUGACAAACGACAUCACUAUUAACGUGCACGUGGAAGACUGGGGAGACAACCCUAAAUUUGACACAACAACUGUUACCAUCAGGUUCAAAGUUCUCAUCUUUAUUUGUCUACUUUGGGAGUUGUGGGGAAGGGGUGUAUAAAAGGGGGGUUACUCUUUAACUGUGGUGAUGUCCUCACUAACUCAGCUGUGCAUUUUCCCCUCUCUCUUUUUUCCUCUCCGUACCAGAUUCCAGAAUGCCUCAGAGUUCCCCACAGUUUAUGUAGAUGUUCUCAGACCAUCUCUCUCUGAAGAGGACCCAGAGGGAACCUUGGUGGCUCUGGUCUCAGCCGAGACUUCCAGACCAGGUCCAGGUCCAGUCUCCUUCUACCUGGUGUCUGGAGACUCUGACCACCUGUUCCGCCUCCAGCAGGCCACUGGCCAGUUGACCAUCCACCACCCUCUGGACUAUGAGACCAACAGGGAGUUUCUACUGCUGGUGGAGGCCAGAGAUGCAGGUUCCCCACCGUUCUCUUCUUAUGCGGAGAUUCACGUGAAUGUCACCGACGUGAACGAUAACGCACCGCAGUUCACUCAGAGUGAAUACAGGUGUGAGGUACCUGAGAACUCUCCAGCGACGUGGGUAUGUGACGUGCUCGCCAUCGAUGCAGACUCUGGGAGUUAUGGAAAGGUGCAGUAUAGCAUUUUAGAGCGGAAUAUUGACCAUGUUUUUACCAUCGAUUCAGAAAAUGGCAUGCUGAGUACAACAAUGAUUUUAGACCGCGAGGAAAUACCUGAGUACCAUUUAACCAUCGUAGCUGCAGACAAAAACAACAGUUUCUAUAAAGACAUUGCAGUCGUGCUAGUGGUGGUUUUGGACACAAACGACCACGCGCCUCGGUUUACACAGAUCUUCUUCACUGAGAUUCCGGAGGAUUCUCCUAUCGGACACACCAUCUUACAGAUCAUCUCAACAGAUGACGACAUCGGUGCCAAUGCUGUGAUUGCUUAUUCCAUAAUUGACCAGGGGGGUGACGUUCUUCCCUUCAGUAUUGAUAAGACUAGUGGGCGGAUAACAGUGGUGAUGUCCCUGGACAGGGAGUCCCAGGACCAUUAUGUGGUGAAAGUCAACGCCAACGACUCAGCUUGGAGCAUUAGUACAGAUGUGACAAUAGACGUAACCGAUGUUAAUGACAAUAAACCUGUCUUUACUAAAAAGGUCUACACCGCUACUGUCACUGAGACCAGGGCCCAGGAAGUGUUUGUUAUGAGAGUUGUCGCUACGGAUGCUGACCUGGAACAAAACAGUCAGAUUGUGUAUCUGAUCGACCCUCCCAGUGAGUGGUUCUGGGUCAAUGCGUCUACUGGGGAUAUUCUCACCAAGCAACCCAUCUCUUUACUACAUCAGUCUGCCUCUCUGAGCCUUAGUAUUACAGUUGUAGCCUCCGACUGCGGCAACGUUCCUUCGUACAGUAACACCAUGGUCAUGGUAACCGUUGUUCAGUAUAACCACUUCCCUCCCAGCUUCCUGCCUUUCCCGCCUCUCCUGUCCAUCCCCUUUAACAUCGCCAUGGGAACAGAGGUGGUGCGGCUAACAGCUGUGGACCGGGACUCCAAUCACAGCAAAAGCAACACUACUAUAGAAUACAGUCUCGCCGGAGGUAACGCAUCAGAUUUUUUUGUAAUAAACGUGGACGAUGGGAGGCUGAUGCUUAAUAGGACAUUGAGGCAAAGCCUUAACUCACUGUUGAUGCUCGUAGUUACGGCAAAUGACCAGGGGUUCCCUCCUCUCUCAUCACAUGCCGAUGUUCAAUUUGAGAUUACAGGGGAGAAUCAAUUUUCCCCGCAGUUCUCAGAGACGUAUGUUACCUUCUCCGUCCCUGAGGAUCUGCCAGUGGGAUCAGUCAUUGGGAAAGUCCAGGCCGAAGACGGGGACGAUGGAGUCAAUGGUGUGCUCUCGUAUUCCAUAGCAUCAGGAAACAAAUAUUCUCCGUUCUCUUUAGGACAGAGAUCAGGGUUGAUCACUCUGGUCGAAAGGCUGGACUAUGAGAAACAAGGAGUUUAUCGUAUUCAGAUCACCGCCAAAGACGGAGGCUGGAUCUCUAAGACUGGGACGGUAAACGUGACCGUGAAUGUCAGUGACGUGAAUGACAACCCUCCGGUCUUCACAUCGUCGCAGUAUACAGCCUCAGUGCUGGAGAACUCUGCAGUUGGAACACUGGUCCUCCAGGUCAGAGCUACCGAUGCAGACUCCAGCGCCAAUGCAUAUAUCACCUAUUCACUGAUGGCCAGUGGACACUCUGGACAGUUUGCCAUUGACUCCAGGAACGGCACUAUCACCACUCGGGAUAUCUUUGACUUUGAGCUCAAGCGGACCUUUGAAAUAACCGCCAAGGCCUCAGACGCAGGGAACCGCCAUUCAUUCAGCAUCGCGCACGUUAAUAUCCAAGUCUCAGGAGUCAACGAGUUCAGCCCUGUGUUUCUGCAACACAAGUUCAACCUGUCCGUCUCCGAGAGUGUCCCUGUUGGAACUAGAGUUGGCAAGGUAACCGCCACAGACUUUGACGAAGGCCUGGACGGACUGGUCUUCUACCUACUCAUUGGACAAAGCCGAUGGACAGGCUUCGAUGUAGACGAACAGAGCGGAGAGAUCUACAUCACCGCUGAUCUGAGGAAGCAGGGCUACAGCCAUGCCACCCUGAGAAUCCUAGCUAAGAACCGAGGCAUCAUCACAGGGCUAGAUGUGGACGAAGCCUUGGUCCACAUCAAUAUAGUGGACACUAACGACCCACCAGAGUUCUCCUCGGUGCUCUACAGGGCGGAGGUCAGGGAGGACAGCCUUGUGGGGAAUUCUGUUAGCAGAGUGGCUGCCCUGGACCAGGACUCUGUCCCAGAGUGGAGCCGCUUCUCCUACAGCUUCCUACAGGAUGGAAACUCAUCCUUCUUUGUAGACCCUGUCAGUGGACUUGUGUCUGUCAGUGGACCCCUGGACAGAGAACUGUGGCCCCUAUACAACCUGACUGUGACGGCCACAGACCAGGGUUCUCCUCCAGCCACCGGGACCGCUUACCUUGUGGUGACCAUUACUGACGUCAAUGACAAUGCCCCCACAUUGGUCAACACACAGGGGCAGGUGAAGGAGAACCAGCCUGCUGGCACCAUAGUGGCCAGGCUGAACACCUCCGACGCUGAUCUACCUCCCAACCAGGGGCCGUUCACCUACUGGCUGGUCCAGCCUGCCUCAGGGAGGAGCUUCACCCUAACUUCUGAUGGAGUCCUUUCCACCUCUAGACCUUUGGACCGGGAGGUCAACUCUGUGUUUCAUCUGUCGGUGGUGAUCAGUGACGCAGGGACUCCUCCGCUGUCCUCCACCACGAUGUUUAACGUCAGAGUCGAGGAUGAGAACGACAACCCAUCGGUCCCGAGAAACAUCUACAUCGAGGUGAAGUACUAUGGCAGUGCCUUCCCCGGCGGCUUCAUCGGCGACGUCAGACCCGAGGACCAGGAUGUGGUGGACGCGUUUAACUGCAGUAUCAGGAACGGGCCUCUCAACAUGUUCAGUAUCCCUGACGGCACCUGUGAGCUCUGGUCCUCUCCAUACCAGGAGAAGCUACGUACAACAUCACCAUCGAGGCCACCGACCACCUCCACCCUCCCGUUAACAACAGUAUCUACGUGA